AUGCCGAAAGGAAAAAAAGCCGAGAAAAGAAAACAGAAAGUGAUUUCCGGUAUUCGAAGGAAAAUGAAGAGACUGGAGGAAAAACUAAGGGAAUAUGAUUCAAACACAGGCCUUCUUCAACAGGUUCAGAAUCUGAAUCCUCUUCAUACGCAGAUAGCAACUCCUCUAGCUCCGGCACUACUUCGGAUAAAAGCGCUAGAAUGGGAGAAAUUAAAACCAUUCUUGGGGAGGAUCCGACUGAGGAAAAAAAUUUAUGGACCGGAAAUAUCCUCAGAGUUGGCCAACCGCUGGAAAAGCUAUCUCCAGAAUGGCAUAGACAAGGAAACAAAAGCUAAACUUUUUGAAAACAGCCUUGUACCGAGCAACUGCUCCUUGUUGGAAGCCCCAAAAAAUAACCCUGAAGUCCAGACUGUCAUUUCUGCUUCAGAAAAUAAAAAGGAUAGUUUCUUAGCAGAAUUACAAAAUCAGUUGGGAAAAAGCAUUUCCGUGCUUGGUACUGCCCUUUCAAGAAUGCUGGAAGCAAAACAUAGUACCAAAGACCCCGAUCCAAAUAUUACCAAUAUGGUGGAAGCGGGAAAAAUGCUCUGCGCGGUUCACCACGCCAUUACCAACCACAGAAAAUUUUUACUGUACCAUAAUUUUAAUCAAAAGGUGCAGAAAGUGGCAUCUAUGCAAUUAAGAGACUCCACUCUUUUUGGGGAAGACUUUGGCGAAAAAUACACAACAAAACAGAGAAGGGAGGAGAGCAGUCAAAUCCAGCAAAGCCAUGACCUUCAAGCGCCGGAACGAGAGAGAGGCUCCGAAAAAUCGGAGACAGGAGCACAGCUCCUACAGACGUCGUCAGAUAUAGAGGUAACCUCUAACACAAAACUGGCUGGACAAAUAAGGCUUUUCUUCGAGGAAUGGGAGAAAAUAACAACCAACGGUAAAAUUCUAGGUUGGGUUAAAGGUUACAGAAUACCUUUUAAUGCAACUCCUGUUCAAAAGAGGCCUCAAAAACCCCCAAAUUUAAGUGGGAAACUAGAAAAGUCUUAUUCAGACAGCAUUACCAAACUUAUUGAUAUGGGAGCCGUCAAAGAAGUGACUAAAUGUAAUGGGCAAUUCUUAUCUAGUUAUUUUUUAAGAAAGAAACCCGACGGCAACGACAGGUUUAUACUUAACCUUAAAAAACUAAAUACAUUUAUAACACCGCCCCAUUUCAAACUGAAAGACGCAUACUUCUCGAUACCCGUAGCCACUGAACAGAGAAAGUAUCUUAGAUUUCAAUUCAAAAACAAAAUUCUAGAGUUCCAGUGUCUUCCUUUUGGCCUUGGCACUGCUCCUUACGCAUUUACCAAAAUUUUAAAACCAGCUAUUGAACAUUUAAGGGCGAAAGGUCUGUCCUCUGUAAUUUACUUAGAUGACACAUUGCUCAUUGGGAAAAGUAAAACAGAAUGCCGGGAUAAUAUAAAUCAGACAUGUAGUCUUCUUCAAAGGCUUGGUUUUGUAGUAAAUAAAGAAAAAAGUUGUCUCUCUCCUAAAAGAGAAAUAAAAUUCCUAGGAUUUAUUUUUAACACACAAAAAAUGACAAUGCGUCCAACUACAGAUAAAAAAUCAAAAAUUACUGCUAUGGUAAAAGCAAUCUUAAAAAAGCGAAAAAUAAAAAUUAGAGAUUUUUCCAAAUUUGUGGGUCACUUGGUUUCAAUUUGUCCAGCCACGCAGUACGGGUGGCUUCACACAAAACAAUUCGAGAGGGAAAAAUAUUUAGCUCUGAAAGUCAGUGGUGGAGAUUAUGAUAAAAUUAGGAAAAUAUCUCCCAAACUGAAAAGUGAAUUUUUGUGGUGGUUAAAUAAUAUAAAAGGUUGCGAAAAUAGCAUUGCAAUUCCGAAGUACACACAUACGUUGUUUACAGACGCGUCCAAUUCAGGAUGGGGGGCUUUUUACAAUGGUCAAAAUGCAAAUGGUUUCUGGGAUUCAUUUGAAAAACAGAGGCACAUUAAUUACUUAGAAUUAAAAGCGACAUUUUUUGGUCUCAAGACUUUUCUCAAAGAUUUACGAAACAGUCACAUAUUGCUUCGCAUAGACAAUACGACGGCGGUGUCCUACAUAAACCGAAUGGGGGGCGUUAAGUAUAAGUAUCUAAAUGAUUUAACUAAGGACAUAUGGCAGUGGUGUGAGGAAAGAAAUAUCAAAAUAUUUGCUUCAUAUAUUAACUCAGAGAGCAAUGUUUUGGCAGAUAAAGCUUCGAGAUCCAAAGAAAUAGAUACAGAAUACUCAUUGAAUGUCGAAGCCUACAAACAAAUUGUUGAAAAAUUGGGUUGCCCAGAAAUAGACUUAUUUGCUAGCUAUCUUAAUAAAAAGUGCAAAAAAUUUGUUUCUUGGCACCCUGACCCGGAAAGCCAAAAUGUUGAUGCAUUUACACUCUCUUGGGAGAAUAUUAAAGGAUAUAUUUUUCCCCCGUUCGCCUUAUUACCGAAAGUUCUAAGUAAAAUAGAGGCCGAUAGAGCAGAAUGCAUAGUAGUUUUCCCUAUAUGGAAAUUAUGGAAAUCCCAACCAUGGUUUCCAAAACUAGAAAGUCUCAUGAGUUCCACACUAAUUAGAUUACACCCAAGUCCUAAUUUGCUUUUAUCCCCUUUCAGAAAGCCUCACCCACUGUGGCCCCGACUUACCCUGGGAGCCGCGAUUUUAUCAGGGAAGCCUUCAAUAUGA